CCUCGGCCUCUAGGAUUCGGGAGGGAAACCUCAGGUUUCGCCGCCCCUUCCCCCGCCCCCAGUGCGCGAGUGCGGGCAGCGAGCCUCGGGUGGCACACCUGGAGAGACGGUCCCGGCCUAGCGGGACAGCGGUCACCUCCGUCCUUAGGGACAGCCGUCGUGGCCAGCAGCAGGGCUGGGGGCCCCGCGAGGGUCUGGAAGUCAGACUCGGAGCCCAGGAGGCCCCGGACCGACUCCGGCCUGGGUCCCCGCACGGGUGAAGCUCCUGUGUCUGUGUGGGAUGAGGAGGAGGAUGGUGCCACCUUUACUGUCACAAGCCGCCAGUAUCGGCCUCUUGAUCCCUUGGCCCCCCUGCCCCCGCCUCGUUCCUCCCGGCGGCUCCGCGCUGGCACUCUGGAGGCCCUGGUCAGAUACCUGUUGGAUGCCCGGACGUCAGGGGUUGACGUGACUUUCACUCCAGCCUUGCUGGCCACCCACCGGGCCUUCACCUCCACGCCUGCCCUGCUUGGGCUUGUGGCUGACAGGCUGGAAGCCCUCGAGUCGCAGCCUCCUGGUGAGCUAGAGAGGACCACAGGGGUAGCCAUCUCCGUGCUUUCAACCUGGCUGGCCUCUCACCCUGAGGAUUUUGGCUCUGAGGUCAAGGGUCAGCUUGACCGGCUUGAGAGCUUCUUGCUUCGGACAGGGUAUGCAGCACAGGAGGGUGUUGGGGGGGGCAGUGCUGACCUCAUCCGAAACCUCCGGGCCCGGGUAGAUCCCCGGGCCCCCAACCUUCCUAAGCCCCUGGCCCUUCCUGGCGAUUCCCCUGCUGACCCCACGGAUGUCCUGGUGUUCCUCGCUGACCACUUGGCCGAACAGCUGACCCUGCUAGAUGCGGAGCUGUUUCUCAAUCUGAUCCCCUCUCAGUGUCUGGGAGGCCUGUGGGGUCACAGAGACCGGCCAGGACAUUCUCACCUCUGCCCAUCUGUCCGAGCGACUGUCACACAGUUCAACAAGGUGGCAGGGGCAGUAGUCAGCUCCGUGCUGGGGGCCACCUCAAUUGGAGAGGGGCCAGGUGAGGUGACCGUGAGGCCACUCCGACCCCCGCAGAGGGCCCGGCUCUUGGAGAAGUGGAUCCGUGUGGCGGAGGAGUGCCGUCUGCUUCGGAACUUCUCCUCAGUCUAUGCUGUCGUGUCGGCCCUGCAGUCCAGCCCUGUCCACAGGCUUCGGGCAGCCUGGGGGGAAGCAGCCAGGGACAGCCUCAGAGUCUUUUCCAGCCUGUGCCAGAUUUUCUCAGAGGAGGACAAUUAUUCUCAGAGCAGAGAGCUCCUCACGCAGGAAGUGAAGCUGCAGCCCCCUGCAGAGCCACACUCCAAGAAAGCCCCAAGGUCUGGCUCCAGGGGUGGGGGUGUGGUUCCAUACCUAGGGACCUUCCUGAAGGAUCUCGUGAUGCUGGAUGCAGCCUCCAAGGAUGAGUUGGAGAACGGCUACAUUAAUUUUGACAAGCGGAGGAAGGAGUUUGCUGUCCUUUCGGAGCUGCUGCGCCUCCAGAACGAAUGUCGUGGCUAUGACCUCCGACCUGACCCCGAUAUCCAACAAUGGCUCCAGGGCCUCCAGCCAUUAACUGAAGCUCAGAGUCACCGUGUGUCCUGUGACGUGGAACCACCUGGUACCAGUGACUCUCCGGCUGCACGGAUGCUUCGGCCGACGCUAGUGGUCUCACAGUGGACAGAAGUUCUGGGCUCUGUUGGAGGCCCCACCCCUCUUGUGUCCUGGGAUCGGCCCAGUGUUGGAGAUGAGGCACCCGGAACCCCCGCGCCUCUGCUGACCCGGCUGGCCCAGCACAUGAAGUGGCCGUCCGUCUCAUCUCUGGACUCUGCCCUGGAAAGCAGCCCCUCCUUGCACGGUGCUGCUGGCCCUAGCCACCUGUCUCCUCCAGCCUCCUCCCCUAGGCCUUCCCGAGGUCACCGCCGUUCAGCGUCCUGUGGAUCUCCACUGAGCGGGGGCACAGGAGAGGGGGCCUCUAGGAGUGCUGGAUAUGGGGGAGGGGUAUCCGGACCAGAGUCCUCUGAUUGCCGAAUUAUCCGAGUCCAGAUGGAGCUGGGAGAAGACGGCAGCGUCUACAAGAGCAUCUUGGUGACAAGCCAGGACAAGGCUCCCAGUGUCAUUAGCCGUGUCCUUAAGAAAAACAAUCGUGACUCUGCAGUGGCUUCAGAGUUUGAGCUGGUACAGCUGCUGCCCGGGGAGCGAGAGCUAACCAUCCCGCCCUCCGCUAACGUCUUCUAUGCUAUGGAUGGCUCAUCUCACGAUUUCCUCCUACGGCAGCGCAGAAGGACCUCUGUUGCCACGCCAGGGGCCCACACCGGCCCCUCUGCCUCAGGAACUCCCCCAAGCGAGGGAGGAGGGGGCUCCUUUCCCAGGAUUAAGGCCACAGGGAGGAAGAUUGCACGGGCCCUGUUCUGAGGAUGAAGUCCUGUUGGUUUACAGAAAUCACAGCACUCACACCAGGUGUGAGCAGCCACCAGUGGUAGCCAUCACUCCAGGGCAGAAAGCCCGAAAGGUGGCCAGCAGCUCCGGGCCAGCCAAGUGCCAUUUGUUUACCAAACCACCUCGAAAGCCAACCCCGUGGGACUGGUGGUCAUAUAGCCACAUUGGAUCCCUGCAUAUGGCUUCCACCUCUGGGGAAUGUGGCGUACCGUCAGUGUUGAGAAGAGUGCUAGCUCCUGCCACAUGCUAGCCUGUGAAGGGCCAAGGAAAGGCCCAGAGGCUCUGAGCCCAGGGCAGAGGACAAUGACAAGACGUUCUGUUGGGACUUUCUUGUCCACCCGGGGGGUUCUUGUCACUGUGACAACACUAUAAUAAACCAAAACACUACCUGAA